UUUAUUUUACAUUUGGCAGGUCAAAUGGCGAAACCGUACGAGUUCAACUGGCAGAGGCCUGUUCCUCAGUUCAUGCAGAAAGGAGCGCAUUUUGACAGAUUUGAUGAGGAUCCUUUUGUCUUUGAAUCAAACUGUUUCUUCAAAGUAGACGAGUUUGGAUUCUUCCUGACAUGGAAAAGCGAAGGAAAGGAGGGUCAAGUAUUGGAGUUUUCGCUGAUCAACAGUAUACGUGAUGCCAGUGCACUAAAGGACCCAAAAGUUCUCUGUGCACUGGAGGCUUCAGGAAAGUGUGAAAGUAACCUGGAAGACAGAAUCAUCUGCAUAUGCAGCGGCACAGACCUGGUCAACCUGAGCUUCAUGUACAUGGUCAUGCAAAACCCCAGCACUGCUAAGGAUUGGACAGACGGCUUGCGCUCAUUGAUUCAGAACACAAGAGCGAAUAACGUGUGUCCGAUGACCUGCCUGAGAAAACAUUGGAUGCGGUUGUCAUUUUUAACCAACGUGAAUGGACAAAUACCCGUCAGAAGUAUCACAAGAACCUUCGCCUCUGGCAAAACAGAGAAGGGAAUUUUCCAGGCGCUGAAGGAUCUCGGUUUACCCAGCGGAAAGAAUGAUGAAAUCCAGCACGAGUUCUUCACUUUUGACAAGUUCUACAGCCUUACGCAGAAAAUCUGCCCCAGAACUGACAUUGAAGUACUUUUCAAGAAAUUCAAGGGAGACAAAGGGGAUUAUUUGAGUGUUGAGCAGUUCGUCCACUUUUUGAAUGAUAAUCAGAGAGAUCCACGUCUGAAUGAAAUACUGUUUCCAUUCUUCAACUCUAAAUGUGCUUUCCAAAUCAUACAGCGAUAUGAGCCUGAUGAGAAACUGAAGAGAAAAGGUCUGCUGUCGUGUGAUGGUUUCUGCCGGUUUCUGAUGUCUGAUGAAAACGCUCCUGUGUUUCUGGACCGGUUGGAGGUUUACCAGGAGAUGGAUCAUCCGCUGUCUCACUACUUCAUCAACUCCUCUCACAACACUUACCUGACCGGCAGACAGUUUGGAGGGAAAUCCUCGGUGGAGAUUUACAGACAGGUGCUGCAGACCGGCUGCAGGUGUGUUGAGUUGGACUGCUGGGAUGGAAAAGGUGAAGAUCAGGAGCCUAUAAUCACCCACGGCAAGGCCAUGUGCACAGACGUCCUCUUCAAGGAUGUGAUUCAGGGAAUUAAAGAAACCGCCUUCCUGACUUCAGAGUAUCCUGUGAUCCUCUCCUUUGAAAACCACUGCACGAAACAUCAGCAGUAUAAACUGGCUCGUUACUGCGAAGACAUUUUUGGAGAUUUGCUCUUGAGACAGCCGUUAGAGGAUUUCCCUAUGGAGCCGGGAUGUCCACUGCCGUCUCCAAAUGACCUCAAAGGAAAAAUCCUCAUCAAGAACAGAAGACUGAAACCUGAAGUUGAAAAAAAACAGCUGGAGGACUUCAAAAAGCACAUGGAGGCCGGAGAGCCCAGCGUCUCCACAAACCUGUUUGAAGAUGAGAACGAGGAUGAGACGAACACCGCUGAGCUGUUGAAUGAAGCUCAUCCUGAGCGGAUUCAUGGAUGUCUGGUCACUGAGGAGGAGAAUCGAGAGGAAGAGGUCCUUCUGAGACACAGAAAGGCUGAGGAGGAGAAUGUGGCAGAUGAACUGGCUGUGAUUCAGUCGUACACAUAUGUCGCGGCCACCACCAACAUCCACCCGUAUCUGUCCAACAUCAUCAACUACGCCCAGGCUGUCAAAUUCACUGGCUUUGAUGAGGCUGAGGAAAAAAAUAUCCACCACAACAUGUCUUCCUUCAACGAGUCUGUCGGUUUGGGAUAUUUGAGGACAAAUGCCAUCGAGUUUGUGAACUACAACAAGCGCCAGAUGAGCCGCAUCUACCCCAAAGGAGGACGAGUGGACUCCAGUAAUUACAUGCCACAGAUCUUCUGGAACGCCGGCUGCCAGAUGGUUUCCCUGAACUUUCAGACCCCAGAUCUGGCCAUGCAGCUCAACCAGGGCAAAUUUGAAUAUAAUGGCUCUUGUGGGUUCCUCCUGAAGCCAGAUUUCAUGCGGAGACCUGAUCGUAUGUUUGACCCAUUCUCCGAGACGCCUGUGGACGGAGUGAUCGCAGCAACAUGCAGCGUACAGGUGAUCUCAGGUCAAUUUCUGUCAGAUAAGAAGAUCGGCACAUAUGUAGAAGUGGACAUGUAUGGACUCCCGACCGACACCAUUCGCAAAGAGUUUCGCACACGGAUGGUGAUGAACAACGGCCUGAACCCGGUCUACAACGCAGAAGCCUUUGUCUUCAGGAAGGUAACCUUUAAUCCUGCUGAUGUCCUGUGA